UGCCACACUGCUGCUGCUGCUGCUGCUGCUGUGUGAUACAAGCGGGUGGGAGGAACAGCUUCCUCUGUUUGGCCUCAGAAGAAAAAAGGAAAAGAGAAAAUGACGAGACAUCUUGCUGGAGCUGCUGCUGCUGCUGCUGCUGCUGCUGCAGGGGAGGAUUUGGCUUCCCGUCUCCUGCAUUGCACAAUCUUUCCCAUCUGUUCAGACAGAUAAGCACGAGAGGAGAAAAGGAGUGCUGGAAGACGAGUACAGAAGGACAGGGAAGAGGAGGGAAGAGAGCCAUAGUAGUCUGAGGGGGUGUGUAAGAUAGAACAGAAGAAGAGGGAGAGAGGUUGAGUGGCAGAGGGGGUGUGAGGAGAGGAAGGGAGGCAGUGGGACAUGAGAAAGAUAGAGUGAGUCACACCGCAGUAGAAUGAGGGUAAGAGUGACGGAGAGAGCCGAGGAGCAUUUGAGCUGCCACCCUUCCGCACGCCACCCAGGAUCUGUCGCUUUCUGAAGAGGCAAGAAGAGGAAUCCACCGUGGAGGCGAGAAGGAGACGGAGGAGGGGGGCAGAGGAGGAGGAAGCCAGAGGUUCUACACACAAGAUGGCUGCUGUGUCCUCUGCCUCUGACACUGGUGACCCCAGGGGCCGCCACCCCCCUGAGCGCAGACUGCUGAUUCUAGGGGGCCCACAGUCCGGUAAGACCUCAACUGCAAACACCAUCCUAGGGGACGAGGUCUUCGACGCCGGGACGGAGACAACCCACAGCAAUGUCGGCCACACAGAGAUCUACGGCAGACGAGUCACCGUGGUUGACACUCCACCAUGGGCCAUCCCAGCCGACCCAGAGGAAGACACCGAAGCUGAAAACAACAACGACGAUGCCGCUGCCGAGUCGGACAGUCCACCGCGGCCACCGCCACCACCGAGCCUGGACAGCGAGGGGCCAUGCAUGGGGGCCAUUCUUUGUCCUCCUGGACCCCACGUGAUACUGCUGGUGGUGUCGGUCACCCAGCCCUUCACGGAUGCCCAGAGGAGGGCCGCAGACGAGCAACUUGGGGCCCUGGGUGGAGGGACCUGGAGGUACUCCAUGGUGAUCUUCACUGGGGUGGACAAACUGCCAAAAGGUGUCUUCAUUGAGGAGCACAUAUCCAACACUGGAGAGGCCCUGCAGUGGCUGGUGGAGAGAUGUGGAAGCAGGUACCACGCCUUUGACAACACUCAGAAAGAGACGGAGGAGAACACACAGGUACCCGAGCUGAUGGAGAAGGUGGAGGAGUUGAUCACUGACAACCAAGGCUGGUACUUUGAGGUGAACGAGCUGAUUUUACUGGAGGAGGAGCAGGCCAGGAGAGCGCUGGAGGAGGAGAGGAUGAGGAUGGAGGAGCACGCCAGACAGAGGGAGUCGAUGAUCGGAGGACCUCCCAGAGAACUGAGGCUGCUGUUGUUGGGCUGGAAGGGCGUUGGGAAGAGCUCAGUGGGGAAUGCCAUCCUGGGCCGUCGGUACUUCGAGUCGGGCCAGGAGACCGAGCUGUGCCUCAGGAGGCAGGCGCUCGUGUCGGGUCGCCGGAUCACCAUCGUCGACACCCCGGGCUGGGACUGGUUCUCGGUGAGGCGCACGCCGAAGCGCAUCCGCCAGGAGUCCCAGCGCGGAGCGGCCCUCCUGCGGCCCGGACCCCACACGCUGCUGCUGGUCCUCCCCGUGGUCUCGUCCCUCACAGCCAGGAAGAGGAGGACACUCCUGGCCCACAUAGAGGCUCUGUUCGGGGACAGCGCGUGUCUCCACACCAUGGUGCUCUUCAGCUGUGGUGACUGGUUGGGCCGCACGCCCAUCGAGGAGCACAUCCUCAGAGGCGGGCGGGAGCUGCAGAGACUACUUGAGUACUGUGGGAACUAUUACCAUGUCAUGGACAGUAAGGUCCCCGGGAAGGACAGGAGUGUGUCCGUCCUGCUGGAUAAGAUAGAGGAGAUGAUCCGGGAGAAUGGUGAUAAGGCCUUCCUCCCCAUUCAGACGGAGUGGUUGAGCGAGGAGAGCUCCUACUCCUCUGAUAACACCGAGCCGGAGGACGACUGUCGAGGAUGCCAGGUGCAGUGAUGCAACCGCACUAAAAAAGGAAAGUGUCUUUGUCUCUGUGAUCCGAGUCUCCGGUAAAGGCCCAAACAUCCCCUCAUGUUAGUCCAACCUCAUCUAGAGAUCUCUGUCCAACUCUGUGGAGUCUUGUGGAAAACAGGCGAAAUGAAAUGAGGAGAAACUCACGGAUCACUGGGCAGACUGGUCAACGUGGUCCCCUCAGACCCAGGAGGAGGAGAGGUAUUCUACUUUUUUGCUUCAAGGGUCCAGAACCAACAUUGACCCCUGCUCAUGAGCAUGUUCAUAGGAAUCAGUUGCUGCUAAAGAGUUCCUGGUUCAACACUGCAGAGUAAAGAAUUGCUCACCAUUGCAACUCUAUGUGUUCAGGCUGCACUGGUAAUAUUAUAAACUGGAAGAGAACAAUCCAAAUCAAUCUGGUAAAUGGGGUUUGGAGGUUUGCAGCGAGGCGGUCGCUUGGUUAUUGGAGGAAUGAGAGGAAUGUGUUCAUGGAUGUGUCAUCAGUUUUGGAUGGAUUUCACAGUGUAGUCGUCAUCCCAUGUUACAAAUGAAAAACCAAUCCCAUGUAUACUGGAAAAUGUGAGCACCAGUGUAAAACUAAAAAGUCAGGAGUCUUGACAUUGUUUGUGCACUUCAGUGACACAAAAGUGAAACGUGGUAACUUCCCAAUCCCCCAUUGGAGCAAUAUUAAGAUUGUCAUCGUUAAUAUUUGACCUGUUCUGCUCAGGGAGUCUUGGUUGACUUGACUCCUCCCGGGUAAAUCUGGCUCAUUUACAGAAACUCUGAUUAACGCUGAUCUCAAACCUGCUGACGUGACUCAUGUAUCAACUCAAAUUAGAGAAUAGAGAGCCGGUCUUUGCACUUUGGUUCUCUCGUGCCAAGAAGUUAACUGAAGCCAUCUCAACUAGUCAGUAUAUAUAUUUGUUAUCCCACCCUAGCUGUAGCGUUCAUUCUCAAUAAGAGCUUAAGCGAGGCUGCGAUGAAACUAUGUGCAGCCUCAGAUCCCCCCGGAGCUGCUCGGGCUGGCUCUGCUUCGCUGUUUGUGGUCGUGCAUCUGGUGCAUCUAUCGACAAGGUAAGAUUCAGCUUUGUGCCUCAGCAUCAGAACGUGAGAGUGGGAGUGCAGCCCUGCGGCAGGGCCCCAUCCUAACGGCUACAUCAAGCUUCAGCAUGCUGCAGAAAACAACAUAACCUCAUGAACCAUUCGAGCUCUCACGGGGCUUUUGCUACCUUUUUCUACAUCCUGGAGACAUCCUGUCAUCUGAAGGGACAUUUUGCUAAAAAGAAAAAAAGGAUUAUAUAUAUAUAUAUAUAUAAAUUCAGCUCUCAGAGGCAUGUUAAGACAUCGCAUGCAGAUAAUUGAGUGCCUAUAGAGUUGAAGGCAACCUCACUUCUUAUUGCUCCGACUCACGCUUGAGCAGGUCUUUGUAAAUUUCUGGUACAACGAUAUCACAGCCCUCUACCUUUACAACUGCAAAAAAAAGACAUUACUAAAAGAACAAAGUGGAGGGGGUAAAAAAAAUGGACUCUGAAAGUUACAUCGAGUGAGGUUCUGUCAAGACUGGAAGACUUUGGACAGCUGCACAUUCAGGUUCUUCGUGACCUCAGCACAUUUGGAGUAAAAUAAUGAAUAAGGCGGUAAAGUGCCAAGUCCCGGCUUUAAUGAGAUUAGGUUUACAUCAACAUCGAAGGUGAACACGCUGAAGCACAGAGCCCGGGAGAACGAAGAAUGUGCAACUGUCCAGAUACACCGAGUACAAUACAUGACUGAUACCACUGCCAUGCUGUGAAAUGUGAUUUUAUACAAACGAUGUAGCCUAUACCAGAAACCCUGACACCGCUUCCUCUGUGCUUUUACCGACUCCAUGCUCCAUCUAGUGACGUAGGCUACUGCAGCUGUGACCAGCAUGACUUUCUCACACAUUCAUUCAGAGUCUUAGUCCCACUCCCCGUGUGAAUAUGUUGUAUAAGCGGUGUAUAUUUACUGUGUAAGAUAUGUUACAUAUGUCGUAGGCUUGUAGCUGAGCAUUUUGCACUGUGUAUCACUUUACUGUAGCCGAGGUGGCAUUACUUCCUGUGUGGUUCUUCGUAAGUGGAGAUGUACUUUGGUCAUCCCCAGACAACAAUAAAAAAAAGAUGUGGAUAUACAGUA